GAAUCUGAGUAAUAAAAACUGGUUUUCUGUCAAAGUCCGUGUGUCGUUCACUGAAAGACGACUCUAAGCAGCUGACUGAGUCUGGUCAUGUGACUAAAGAGGAAGCAGGCGAGAUGAGCGCGGUCUACGGAGGAGUGGAGGGCGGCGGGACGCAUUCUACAGCGGUACUGCUUUCUGCUGAGGGAAACAUCCUCGCUGAGACAGAUGGGCCGUGUACCAAUCACUGGCUGGUUGGUGUUGAUAAUUGUAUUAAUGGAAUCAAUGACAUGGUCCAGAGGGCUAAAAUCAAGGCAGGGCUGGACCCAAACACACCGGUUCGUUCACUGGGUAUGUCUUUGAGUGGAGGAGAGCAGAAAGCUGCUAUCCAGAAGCUGAUCGAUGACAUGAAGCGAUACCCCAAGCUGAGCCAAACUUACUUCAUUACAACAGACGCCAUCGGCGCUAUGGCUACCGCCAGCGACUGUGGAGGUAUAGUGGUGAUAUCAGGCACUGGGUCGAACUGUAAGCUUGUCAAUCCAGACGGGGCACAAGUUGGCUGUGGGGGUUGGGGUCACAUGAUGGGAGACGAAGGCUCAGCAUAUUGGAUUUCUCACUUGGCUAUAAAAACGGUUUUUGAUGCCAGUGAUAACCUCGUCGCACCCCCUCAUGAUAUCACCUAUGUGAAGAAGGCCAUGGAAGAGUAUUUCCAGGUAUCGGAUUUGAUGGGAAUGCUUCCUCAUUUGUACAGAAACUUUCAGAAGUCACAUUUUGCAGGGUUCUGUAGGAAAUUAGCUGAAGGUGGCAAUGCUGGUGAUGCUCUAUGCCAACACGUGUUCGCAGAAGCUGGAAAAGUGCUUGCACGCCACAUUGUAGCUGUCCUUCCUAAAGUACAUAAGGAUCUGUUUUGUGGUGAGCUGGGCUUGCCUGUUCUGUGUGUCGGUUCUGUGUGGCACAGCUGGGAUCUGAUGAAAGCCGGUUUCACUCAGGUCCUCUCAGAAGCUCAUGGUUCCAGUCACUUCCUAAAGUACAGUCUGCUUACUCUCCGUCAGUCGUCUGCUCUGGGUGGAGCCAAAAUGGGGGCCCAGAAUGCAGGAGCCAGCCUUCCUCUGGACUACUCAGCCAACGUCAACGUGUUUUUCAGCCAUACCUUCAGUCAGUGAUUUGGAAGAGACGGACCUUUGAGCUUGAAUUGAGAACUUCCUGUUUUUAAACCGUUAGAGAGAUGCGGUUCAAGAUUUUCCUUUUGUUUGUGGUGUUUCUCAAAAACUCCUAUCAUAUUAAACAACAAUCAAACCGUACAUUUGGGGGAGAAAAAAACUUUUUGUAAUUUUUGGUAUUUUUUUUUAAUGUUAUCAAAUAUUUUCUUUAAAUAAACAUUGCAAAACAUAAAAAAAAAAAA